AGUACCACUCUGCGGUAUCCUCUUCAUUUCCUAUUUCGGUAUGGGAAUUUUCUCAAGCCUGUGCAGGGGAGUUGGAAACACUCUUAUUAGGAUUUUAUGUGGGAUUUGUUUCAGCUCAACAACUGAUGAUCAAGAUUUUGACACAUCAACAUCAGAUCAUCAUGGUCAUGCCGUCUCCCAACCUACUAAUAGUGUUUCAGCUCUGGCUCUUGAUCUUUUUCACUUUGACAACACUUGUCAGGUUCCUGAACAGCUCAGUGAGCAUGUAACAUCAUCAAAGAAAGCUCAAGCUAGAUGGUACCAAAAACUAUUGAAGGCAUGGAAAGAUGCAAAGCCACCAACAAAAACACCUGAACAAGCAUCUAGGCUUGUCAUGCAGGCCUUGCACCAACACCAAAAGGCCGAUGUAGAGGGUUUAUUAAAAUUUUACGGUCUUCCGGUUCUACAUGAGCAUCAGAUUGAAAUUCCUGCAGUAGUAGUCUUUCCUCCUGAUGAAGUGAAAUUCAAAUUACAGACAGUUCGGGUGGAUGCAAAAGCUGUUGAUGGGGAUGGCUUAACUGUUUAUGUUGACGCUGCGGACCAUAGGGAAGCUCUCAGUGUGCCAAGCCAUGUAUUAGAGGCAGUAUUAGAACGAUCAAGAGCACGUGCAUCCAAGGAUUAUCCGAAGGCAGAUGCGCUUCAUAAGACCAUUAUUGAUGCUGGUUACAGAAUGUUAAAAGGCUCAAACAAUGUGGAUAUUCUUGCCAGGAAGUAUCGGAUUCGGUUGAGGGGCAUUGAUGCACCAGAGAACAGACAACCAUUUGGAAAAGAGGCCAAGGAAGAACUUACCUGCCUGGUUCAAGGCAAGUGUUUGAAUGUUCAUGUUUACGGGGAGGAUCAAUAUGGCCGACUGGUAGGAGACGUUUAUUGCAAUGGAAAAUUUGCACGGGAGAUAAUGCUCAAGAAAGGGCUUGCCUGGCAUUAUGCAGCCUAUGACAAGCGUCCGGAACUCAUAGAGUGGGCGAGGAAAGCUAGAGCUGCUGGUGUUGGAUUAUGGGCAUCUUCGGAUCCUAAAGAGCCAUGGGAAUGGAGAAAAAACAACAGUCGCAGUGGAAAACUAGAGAAACUGAAUUGAGGAUCAAAGAUGUUCUUGCUAAAAAGAAAAUCAGUUGCCAAUAAAAUUCGUGAAUUUAACUGAGUUGCAAAAUUACUGACUUUAGGAUCAAAGAUUCUCAUGCCCUUUACUGAAUUACGCAUUCUACAACUCGAAAGCCCUUCCUUAAGUUGCAUCAAUCUCCCGUGGUCUAUUAUGCACUGCGAUUUACAUUAGCCGUAGUAGCGACCAGGAAAAGUGGAAAUUUCUUGUGCACUGUAAUCCCUGGAGCUUCUUGCAUAUCAAUUCUCUUCUUUUUUCCUUUAAAAUCAAUGUUAUUAAUCAAUGAAUCUUUCUGGUCGAUACUCUUCUGGUUCAUCCCAAUACUUUGGGUCCAUUGCUAUGGCUUUUGCAUUAAAGAUAACCCUUGUUCCUGCCGGGAUCUCGUAUCCAUUUAUUGUGCAGUUAUCUGUAGUUUCCCUUGGAACUAGUAAUGGAACUGGAGCAUGAAGCCGCAGCGUCUCUUUUACCACAGAUUUCAAGUAGUUUAGUUUGGGAAGAUCAAUUUCUUCUACCAUGUCCUUAUCGCCGAGGAUGCUUUUCACUUCCUCCUGUGCUCUCUCCAUCACUGUUGGGUUCUUGAUAAGUUCUGUCAUUGUCCACAAAACAUGUCAUUGUCUGCAGCAUAUAAUGCAGGCCUGCCAGAAAAUACCAUAUCAUGACUUUUGCAAAUUUCUUUUGCUACAUCGGUAGAGGAAAUCACCAAAGUGGGAAUGGAGCCCAACUGGAGGAACAUCAGAGGUCCAUGUUUAUUAGACGGCUUGAGAAGUGAACGAGAUGUCAGGUCGCCGCCGAGUUGAUGUAGAUUUCCUAUAAUGGGAAGCUUCUUGGGACCUGGAGGUAAUCUCCAAGUUUUGCUGUUCUUUCUUCUUUUCAGCAACACUAACAAAGGCGUUGCUAAGACAAGUAGGAGGAUCAUAAGCCAGAAAGCGUCUGUUGUAGGUAGUUGGUCUUGAAAUAUGAACAAGUACUACAUCAUUUGCAGAUCCAUUGAUUGAUUUUCUUGUUGAGAGAUUGAUUGAUUAGCUGAGGAUUCAAUCUUGUUGAAAUAUCAAUGAGCAGUACUCCACUCAUUAAAAUUCACAAAGUCAAAAGCUAUCACUCGAGUCAAAGGCGGCCAGGGGCAAUAUUGGGUGUAAGUGGCAUGUUGCAUUAGCCUGAUAACAACAGCUAAACAAUCGACAUGAUAAGGUUGGACUAUUUGGUUGAAUUUUUAAUGUAAUGCACUAGCCAUCCAUUAUCAGUUGUUCA